GAAUUCAGUCAGUCUGGACUUUUAAAGAGGAGAAAAGGGAAUUCUAUACAAGCACCUACCUUUUCUGUUUCUUUUCCACCUUUGCAAUGAAAAUAAAAAACCAACAUUCACGGGCUUGGAUAGCUUCUCCCCUGGUUUGGGGACUGGCCUACGAAGGGUUGCCCAAUGUCCCCACCUCCCUAUUUUUAUUUCCUUUUUCCCUUUUUCUUUGCAAACUCCAGAGAGUGCUGUUCGUCUCGGAUCCCUGCACCUUAGAGAUCAACGGGGUGGUUUUCGGCUUAACCUCGUCGGAUUUGCUUUUUCACAUGGGAGCCGAAGAGAUCAGCAGUUCUUCCAACCUCCAGGACCGUUUUUCUCGAAUUUUGAGACACAUCCUGACUCAGCGGAGCUACUAUCCUCUCUACCCACCCCCUGAGGAGAUGAAUGUGGAUUAUGAGAAUUUCUACCCACACGCCUCUCUGCCCGUCACGCCGGAUUUAUUGAUCACUCCCUCCGACCUGAAAUACUUCAUUAAGGACGUCCUGGGGUGUGUCUGCAUGAACCCCAGCCGGCUGACGAAAGGACAAGUGGGGGGAUGUUAUGGACAGGUGUGGGUCCAGCCACAGGCCUGUGGGGCCGAGCGGAAGAGCCCGUGCAUCGCUGCGCAAGUGAUCAAGAUCUGACCAGGUCCUGCCACCCUUCCUGUGAACUUCACCCUUUUGCUGAAGCUGGGCCAAAACACGUUUAGCCGUCAAUGGGAUGAGUUUAGAGCAGUGUUUCUCAACCUUGGGAACUUUAAGAUGGGUGGACUUCAACUCCCA